GUGUUGAUUGCUAGGACACAUUUCGCUGUUCGCUUCUCUUGUAUUUCUUCCUCCUCUCUUCGAAAACCCUCCUCCGUCAAUGGCGGCGACGACAGCGUUCCCUGACAACCUAACGAGAGAACAGUAUGUCUACAUGGCAAAGCUGGCAGAGCAAGCCGAACGGUACGAAGAGAUGGUGAAAUUCAUGGAAAAGCUCGUCAUCGGACUAACGCCGGUGUCUGAGCUCACUGUCGAGGAGCGUAACCUACUCUCCGUGGCGUACAAGAACGUCAUCGGCUCACUCCGGGCGGCUUGGCGCAUCGUCUCAUCGAUCGAACAAAAAGAGGAGUCACGGAAGAAUGAUGAUCAUGUAGUGUUAGUGAAGGACUACCGAUCUAAGGUCGAGGACGAACUUUCCGAUGUUUGCUGGGGAAUACUGAAAAUUUUGGAGUCAAAUCUGGUGCCGUCGGCUUCUUCUGCGGAAUCGAAGGUGUUUUAUCUGAAGAUGAAGGGAGAUUAUCAUAGGUAUUUGGCUGAGUUUAAAAUUGGAGAUGAGCGAAAGGAAGCAGCAGAGCAGACUAUGAACUCGUAUAAAUCUGCUCAGGAUAUUGCCGAGGCAGAUCUGGCUCCAACUCAUCCAAUAAGAUUGGGUCUGGCAUUGAAUUUCUCUGUGUUCUAUUACGAGAUUCUCAAUUCAUCUGACAAGGCUUGCAGCAUGGCGAAACAGGCAUUUGAGGAUGCGAUAGCUGAGCUGGACACUUUAGGUGAAGACUCGUACAAGGAUAGCACUCUCAUUAUGCAACUACUGAGGGACAAUCUCACUCUUUGGACCUCAGAUGCACAGGAUCAGCUGGAUGAGCCAUAGAUUGUAUAGAAUGGCGAAGAAGAAGAAGAGUGAAAGAAGGUGGAGUGGAGUGGAGGAGGUGGGCGUGGAAUGUCAUUUGUUUGGUGUGGAGUUGUGGACAUAUGAUAUCAUGUGUUUUCUUUCUUUUUCUAUUUCUAAGUUCUAAACAGAACACAAAUUUGGUUCUAUAAAAUUUUCUUUCCUUACCUUUCCAAA